AUGGAGCAAUUGACAAAAUUGCAUAGACAACUCGGUGCCCUCAAGCGCAAGUUGGCGGACACUAUGAAGCCAUUUAACCAACCUGCAACCGACAUGUCGGUGGGGGCCUGGGAGCCUCGUUUGCAGUUCAUCAGAGGUCUCAGGGAAGACGCAAAGGUGUUAGAGAAUGCUGCUUAUGAACUCGCUACUGAUGACCAGGAAUUUGAUAAAGAAGUGGAGAGAUUUGCCAAUUUUGAGCAAAUACUUUUGGAAGCAGAAGUGAAAAUCUCGAAGCUGAAGAUUCCUGCGGAGGAAAAGCCACCAAUGAUUCCCGGGAGUAGUGAGAGGGGUUCCAGACUACCGACAAUCUCUUUGAAAACGUUCAGUGGCCAGCACGAGGAUUGGAAUGCGUUUUUCGCGCAGUUCACUUCAAUGAUACACAAUCAGAAAGACUUGUCGGCUGUGGACAAAUUCCACUACUUGGUGUCAUACUUGUCUGGUGAGGCUUUUCAAGUGGUUAAAGAACUAGAAAUCGUCGAAUCCAAUUACGAAAUCGCUUUGGAGCUGCUGAAGAAUGCUUAUGAAGAUAAGAGGCUAAUCAUUCGUAAGUACAUUAACCAACUAUUGAAUUUGAAGCCCAUCGUGACUGAAUCUGCCGCUGAGUUGCGUGCUUUGUGCAAUGUCGUGAAUCAAUCUGUCAGUGUUUUGAAGAAAAUGGGUCUUCAUAUCGAUAAGUGGAACGAGAUUUUGGUCUGUUUGGUGGAGACGAAACUGGACAAGGUGUCUAGGCGAGAUUGGGAAGAAACUAUCAGUGCAAAUAAAGAAUUUCCCACCUUUGAGGAGCUCAAUACUUUCCUGACUCGCCGCUCUAAGAUGCUCAGGUCACUGUCAAAUUCAACAGCUUCUACACCAAAACAGACUGAGGAGAAAAAAGGAUCUCAGGGUUUCACAAAGAGGAAGACGUUGGUUGUCAGUGGUGAAGACACCCAAGUGUCAUGCAAACUUUGCAAUGAGACAGGUCAUAGACUUCGACAAUGUGAAGCUUUCCAGAGAUUGGGCAUUGAAGAAAGAAUCAACAAGGCAAGAGAAUUGUCUCUUUGUCUCAACUGCUUGGGCCCUGGAAAUCACACAUCACGACAGUGCAAAUUCGGGAAGUGCAGGAAGUGUGGUAAGUCACAUAAUACACUAUUACAUAGAAUUACCGAUACACCCUCUUCUGAUGCACUUGCUGGAAAUUCAGUAGACAAUUCCGGUGCAGCUUCAAAUCAAACAGCUGUCAAUGGUACUGGUAAUGCAUUACCCGCAUCCCGCCGACAGGGGGAUGCGCAAGUCAUGCUUGCUACAGCUGUUGUUUAUGUUUUCGAUAGAUUUGGUAAAAGACAAAUGUGUCGUGUCGGAUUGGAUUCUUAUGCGCAAUCAAACUUUAUCACAGAGAAUUUGUGCCAAAAAUUACAAUUGCAGAAGUCCACAUGCAAUAUUUCAAUUUCGGGAAUUGGUGAUUCUUCCCUAUUUAUCCGACACUCUGCAAAUGUGACUAUUAAGUCCCGAUACAGUGGUGCAGAAUUGAACAUGAAUGCUCUCGUGAUCCCAGUAAUCACUGACAACCUUCCGAGUGCUCUUUUUGACCCUGCAAAGCUGAAAUUGCCACCUUAUGUGCAAUUGGCUGAUCCAGAAUUUUAUGUUCCGAAAAAAAUCGAUAUGCUCGUUGGUGCCGAGUUCUUUUUCCAGAUUCUCAUUCCUGGGCAGAUGAUAGCUACACCAAACCUUCCGACAUUGCAAAACACUAUCUUUGGCUGGGUUCUAUCAGGAAGUUUGGAUCUCUCUGAAGAGACCCAAGAGCAAAAUCAAGCAUCCACAUCUGCUGUCAUCUGCAACCUUUCGGUAGAAGAGAAUCUGAGUGAUCAAUUGACAAAAUUCUGGGAAAUCGAACAACCAACUCCUCCGGAACAGACAUUAACUCAAGAAGAGUACAUCUGUGAGCAGCAUUUUGUUACUAACACCAAGAGAGAUGAAACUGGCCAGUUUGUGGUACGACUUCCUCUAAAGAAAGAGACAAGCGAUUUGGGGACUUCAUAUCAAGGAGCUCUUAGACGAUUUUUGUCCCUAGAAAGACGACUGGAGAAUAAUCCAGAAGUGAAAGCAAAAUAUCAUGACUUCAUGGCAGAGUAUUUGGCACUUGGCCACAUGAAUGAAGUUGGCCCAGAUCAGAUAAUGUAUCAGCCGAGCUAUUUCCUGCCACAUCACUGUGUCUUCAAUGAAAAUAGUACCACAACACGCCUCAGAGUGGUUUUUGACGCCAGUCACAAGACAUCAUCAGGCAAAUCUCUCAAUGAUAUUCUGUGUGUGGGCGCACAGACCCAGCCUGAGUUGAUGACAAUUCUAUUGAACUUUCGCAUGGGCGAAUAUGCCAUUUCUGCUGACAUUCGACGAAUGUACGGGAUGGUGAAAGUGGACAAUCGAGACAUUGGGUUGCAACAGAUCCUGUGGAGAUUUGAUCAGGAUCAAGCUGUAAGUACUUAUGCCUUAAAUACUGUGACAUAUGGUACCGCUUGCGCCCCCUUUCUAGCCACGCGGUGUCUCUUGGAACUGGCCAAUAUUGGGGCCUCCACUUUUCCACUGGCAUCCAAAGCAAGCCGGGAGAAUUUUUACAUGGACGACUUGCUAGUAUCCGUCUCCACUCCCGACAAAGCCGAAGAAUUGUUAAAACAAUUGAUAAAUUUGCUACAUUCAGCAAAUUUUCAAUUGCACAAGUGGCACACCAAUCACACACCGCUAUUGGACACAAUCAAGACUGCUCAACAAACCAGUGAACCUCCACAGAUCUCAGAAGUUACUCAUGCCCUAGGAAUUGAAUGGAGACCACAAACUGAUGAAUUUACUGUCAAAGUUCCCGACAUCGAUCCAGAGAGUGCCAUCACUCGGAGAAGUAUCCUAUCUGACACAGCAAAAUUAUUCGAUCCUUUGGGUCUCAUUAGCCCAGUGGUCGUGCGUGCCAAGAUGUUCAUGCAGGAUUUAUGCCGAGUCAAGAUGAGUUGGGACGAGCCUGUGGAUGCUGAACAGUGCCGCCUUUGGCAGAAAUAUCGGCAAGAACUCUUGACAAUCAAUUCUCUCAAAUAUUCUCGAUGGGUAAUAGGCCACAAUGGCACUGGAAAGAUUCAAAUUCAUGGGUUCUGUGAUGCUUCCUUGAGAGCAAUGGGAUGUGUUAUUUACAUUAGAUUCGAGACUGAUGAAGGAGAAAUAUUUGUGCAGCUUUUGUGUGCAAAAUCAAGAGUCACACCUUUGAAAAAAGGAACUUAUACAAUUCCCCGUCUGGAAUUGUGUGCGGCUGAGUUACUGGCCAAGGUAUCUAAUAGAGUUCAAACAGAUUUGAGGCUGAAGGAGGUUGAGAUGUUUCUGUGGUCCGAUUCUACUAUUACCCUCUCAUGGAUUUGUCAAGACAGUGCUCAAUUUAAAAUAUUUGUUGCAACGAGAAUUCAUAGGAUCCAGUCUCUUACCAAAGAUGCAACAUGGCAAAACGUCUGUUCAAAAGACAACCCAGCUGAUAUAGUAUCACGAGGUGCCACAGUUCGAGACCUAAAGGCUUCAUCUUUAUGGUUCAAGGGUCCGGCUUGGCUCUCAAGCCCUCAGGAGGAAUGGCCAACUUCCAAUGCUGUUCGUGAUAGUGAAGUUAGAAAUCCAAUUGAAUUGGCUGAAAUCAACUGUUCAGUUUCCACUCAAGAUUCUUUUGGGAAUUUUAUCCACAAAUUCAGCUCAAUUCAUAAGCUAAAUAGGGUAAUAGCUUACUGGAGACGUUUCAUGUACAAUUGCCGCCAUCCUAAGGCAAAGAAAUGCGGACCACUCUCUGUCAUUGAACUUAAAGAAUCCCUGGAUAUUCUUGUGAGGAUUGAACAACGCACCUACCUGUUUGAUGAGAUCAAACAACUCCAGAAACCAAAUAGAGGAAGGCCAAUGAAAUGCAAGACUCUCCAGUCCUUGGAUCCCUUCCUGGAUGAUAAGGGUAUGCUACGAGUCGGCGGACGACUCCGUCAUGCAGAAGUAUCAAUGAAAACAAGGUGUCCCCUUAUCAUUCCAAAGGGACAUUUGGCAAAACUCCUGGCCAGAAAUGAACAUCAGAUAUUACUACAUGCGGGUCCUCAGCAUGUGUUAGCCUCCAUGCGGUUGCGGUGGUGGCCCUUGGGUGGCAGAAAUCUGGUGAGGAAGAUCAUCAAGCAAUGCAUUACUUGUUUCCGAAUGAAUCCACCGCCCUGUGAGCAGUUUAUGGGCUCUCUUCCCAAGGUUAGAGUGAACCAGGCUCGUCCAUUUCUCCAUUGUGGAUGUGACUUCGCAGGACCAGUGAAAAUUCGACCAAUGCAUGGUCGAAAGGGACAGACCAGAGAUGCUUUCAUCGCAGUGUUUAUCUGUAUGGUGACAAAGGCAGUCCAUCUGGAAGCCGUAAGCAAUCUUUCUGCUGAUGCCUUUACCGCUGCCUUGAAAAGACUUAUUGGACGAAGGGGAAGGAUUGCACAUUUUUACUGUGACAACGGGAAAAAUUUUAUUGGAGCGAAAAGAGAGCUGACUCAACUUCGACAGAUAUUCUUGAGUCAGGAGAGCAACCAGUUUCUACGAGAAUACUUUUCGAAGGAAGGUAUUACGUGGCAUUUUAUCCCACCUAAUGCCCCUCACUUUGGUGGCCUCUGGGAGGCUGCUGUUCGCUCAGUCAAGAAACAUCUGUACCGAGUCACUGCUAAUGCAAGUCUCAACUUUGAGGAACUAACAACCUUGUUAGUUCAAAUUGAAGCAGUGCUCAAUUCACGCCCCAUUACUACUUUGUCCGAGGACCCCAAGGAUUUGCAGUAUCUUGCUCCGGGACAUUUCCUUUCCUCUGGAGGACCGCUCACAGCUUUACCAGAGCCUGACUUGACAGAGCUUCCUGUCAAUCGCCUUAGUAGUUGGCAACGGGUCCAGCAAUUGCUUCAACAUUUCUGGAAUCGCUGGUCCGUUGAGUACCUCACUCAGCUGCAACAACGACCAAAAUGGCUCCAAAAGAAGAGAAAUCUACAGGAAGGUGAUGUCGUAUUGCUUAGAGAAGACAAAACUCCACCCAUGUUCUGGCCAAUUGGUCGCAUCAUCAAAACAUUUCCCGGAGCAGACAACCUGAUACGUGUAGUGGAGCUGAAACUCAAGGACGGAAGGACUUUCAAGCGGCCAAUCUCGAAGAUCUCACUUUUGCCAAUUGAUGAUGAUGAUCAACUUUAA